AUGCGCUCGCACUCGAUGCGCUUGAUCGUGCUCCUCGCGGCGACCUCGCCCGCUGUCUCGGUGCUGGCGCCCACCAAAUCAGCCUGUGACGUUCUGCGUUCGCAACUUCGCGGCCGCGAGACUGCCAGCUGCGCGCUCGGCGCCACUCAGGUUAGCGUCCGGGUCCUCGAUAUCGUCAGCCCGCUGCAGGUUCCUCACGGCAAGAAGGUGCCUUGCCUGACACUGACCAACAUCCACGUCGAGCGAGCGGCAAGGCGCAAGGGUCACGCUAGAAAAACUUUGCACGCUUUGCGCACGGUCGCUGCUGGCUCAGGGCGUGCGUUGCUUGUCGAGAACGUCGUCUCUCAGAAGAUGCACGCCCUCGUGAGAGAUCUCGGCGGUCAGCCCCUCUUUGGCUGCAGAGCCGGCGCCAAGGGCUGCACGUACUGGCUCCCUGACGAGUCGAGACGGACUUGGAAAGAGAUGACAGUCGAGCGGUAG